GGGAAAGUUCCGGCGUUUGCCAGAUCGGCUGCAAAAGCUCUCUGUGGAAUCCACUGCUCAUCGAACCCAAUUUGAGGACCUCUGACUCCGUGAAUCUCCGUUUAGGAGGAGUUUGUGAUUCCUGUGGCUCCCGCAGGACCUCUACCAGAACGCUGCGCGUGAGAGUCCUGCAGACUUCGGUCUCUUGUCCGAGUAAACACUUCUUCUUCUUUUUGUGUUGUGAAAUGAGCCAAACUAACCGACAGUUAUCUCGGAGCAACAUUUGGUCAGUGGGAGAGGAAAUAGAAAGGGUCGACGUUGCGAGCGCUCCCAGCAUGGCGCUAAAAGCUGAAGAAAGUGGGCUCUAUUGGACCAAAACCUCCCCUGGAAACGGCGUUGGCAGGCUGAAAGAGCGCAACAGUGCAGACGCAAACCUUUUUGGCUGCGGACACGUUGAUCCGCGAGACCGUGACAUGGAAAAACACUGCUGUCAGACAGCUGCUGCUCCUCAGGAGGAGUUGUUAAACGCUGACUGCCGUGUGGGUGACGUGCGCUCUUUUUCUGCCUGCGCCACAAUCUCAGAAACCGCCAGAGAGCUGUGCAAAGCGGUGUCCGUGUCACUGGGACUGGCCAUGGAGUCCAACGAGACGAGCGAUUUGGACGCGUCUCUCCCCCCAUGCAACGACCAGAUGCGCGGAGAGUAUCUGUACAUGCCUCUGAACUGUCCCGGAGCUUACGGGGCCGUCACCGAGUACAAGUGCCCCUCCGACCGCGAUGACCGGACCGCGCACGGCCAGCAGCAACUGGUGGAAAUGUUCCAAAGUGCCGAGACGGCUGCGCGUCUCCAACACGUCGCUCCCACUCGGACAUCGGUGCACGAGCUCAACUUCGCACUGUGCGAGGCCGAUGACUUAACUUUGGACGCGGUAGAUCACCUGGACACGGCGCGCGCUGCCUCCUCGUGCCCUUAUGCCCCAUCCACGUCCGGCCCUUUGGCACACUACGGCCACGAUGCUGCAGAGCGACCGUGCACACGGGUCUACAAGCCCCCCGACGAAGCGACGGACUUCGGCGAAGCCGCGGAGAACCGGUUCGGUGGCUAUCAGCCGGAACAAUACGGCGUCAGAGUGAAAUGCGAGGACGGCGAGUCUGCCGGGGCAUUGUGGGGCAGUCAUUACACCUCGAAUGAGAAGUACAACUCUCAGUGUUGGGGCUCGAGACAGUGCAUGGACGCGCACAGCACGGGGUCAAACCCCGCGUUCAUAUGUAAUCCAUAUGAGAGGAGCGUCAUGCGUCCGGAGCAGUGGUACCCCGGCGGGAUGCUGAGGCCGCCUUAUCCCAACUCCAACUACGUGAAGACGGAAGUCGGUGAGUGGCUGGAUGUCGCCUACAAUGACACCAGGUUCGAUGCUGGCAGAGAGCACAUGUUUCCCAUGGAGUUCUUCUUUCCACCACAGAGGAUGUGUCUGAUUUGUUCCGACGAGGCCUCUGGCUGCCAUUACGGUGCGCUCACCUGUGGCAGCUGCAAGGUUUUCUUCAAAAGGGCUGCAGAAGGCAAACAGAAAUACUUGUGCGCAAGCAAAAACGACUGCACUAUUGAUAAGCUCAGAAGGAAGAACUGUCCAUCUUGUCGGCUGAGGAAGUGUUUCGAAGCUGGAAUGACACUCGGAGCCCGUAAACUGAAGAAGAUUGGCCAACAGAAAAACCCCGAGGAGGAACACCUUAUGAAGGACCCUACAGAAGUCAUCCAGAAUUUCUCUCCUAAAUCAGGCCUGACCUUCAACUCCCAAAUGGUCUUCCUCAACAUCCUGGAGUCCAUUGAACCCGAGGUGGUGAAUGCAGGGCACGACUACGGCCAACCAGACUCUGCUGCCACUCUGCUUACCAGCCUCAACGAGCUGGGAGAGAGGCAACUGGUCAAAGUGGUCAAAUGGGCGAAAGGAUUGCCAGGUUUCAGAAAUCUCCAUGUGGACGACCAAAUGACCGUCAUCCAACAUUCAUGGAUGGGGGUGAUGGUGUUUGCUCUGGGAUGGAGGUCUUACAAGAACGUCAACGGCAAGAUGCUUUACUUCGCCCCAGAUCUUGUGUUCAAUGAACAUCGGAUGCAAAUUUCCACAAUGUACGAGCACUGCGUACGGAUGAGACAUCUUUCACAGGAGUUCCUGCUGCUGCAGAUCUCCCAGGAAGAGUUCCUGUGCAUGAAGGCCUUGCUCCUCUUCAGCAUUCUUCCAGUUGAGGGUCUGAAGAGUCAGAAGUACUUCGAUGAACUGCGUCUCACCUACAUCAACGAACUCGAUCGCCUCAUUAACUAUCGAAUGGCGACCAAUUGUCCUCAGCGGUUCUACCAGCUCACCCGACUCCUGGACUCCCUCCAGAUGACGGUAAAGAAGCUCCACCAGUUUACAUUUGACCUGUUCGUCCAGGCUCAGUCACUCCCCACAAAGGUCAGCUUCCCAGAGAUGAUUGGAGAAAUAAUCUCAGUCCAUGUACCAAAGAUGCUGGCAGGUUUGGCUAAACCGAUCUUGUUUCACGAGUAGAGGGAUUUUUAAUUGCUCAAAAAGGGACUCAUCUGACUCCAUAAACUUUAACAAAAGGUACUGUUUACCUACAUCUUCAGUCUAAUAGCUCUUAGCCCUGUCCUGUAAUCAUUAUGUGGUUGCUCAAGUGUUUUUGACUGUGUUCCUUUUAGCCAUAAUUGAGAUCGUUUUUUCAAAACUGUUAAAGCUUUUAUCUGAGGCACUGGCAAGGCAUCGCCUGUUGACGGCUCUGCUAGUGGACGGUUUGUGUUUUCAGAGAUUCUGCUUUACAUACAGCGUAAGUCUGUAAACAGCAACCAAAAAGUAGCAGGGUUAAAAACAUUUUGCAUGUGACUUUCAUUACACAAAUGACAAGGUAUACACAAAUACUUAAAAACAGAGAGACGGCCCAAAGAGCAGAUGAGAAUUGGAUCACAGAAAAAAAACUAUGACUAGUUUCCCAUCAACUUCCCAAAAAUCUGUUUUUCUAAGUGCCGCCUUCAGAUGCACCUACUAAGUACAUGCUUGUGAUAUUUAGAGUGGUUAUUACAACUCGUGAGGCAUUUAAGUGCUUAAGUGCCUUAAAAUUAAACAAUGUAUUCCAACUGUAAAACCCAAACUUGAUGCGCUACGUCAUCAUUGUUUACAGUGAACCUACAAUAUUAGAUUGUCCUGCUGUGUGAGUGUCCAGUAGUUUUGGUGUUUCAGGUCGUUACGGAUAAAGUGUCGUGUCUGGACAUAUGCUGUCUUAAUUUGAAACUAAAUGAAGCCAAGUAGAGUAUUGGUUACUGAUAAGGAAAUCCAACUUUGAAAUGAUAAUAACAUCAUUCUUACUACCUCUUGGGCUCACAUCUCACAAGUUAUGUUACUGAAUAUUUAGCUGAAGUAGUUCUGACCGCUAUCAAAGGCAGCUGCACUAUAUUUGUUUUUAUCUGACUGUAAAAAAUAUGUAUGCAAAACUGUGUUUAACCAGUAUUCAAUUUAAAUCACUUUUAUUGAAGUUUAAAAUUCACAAUAAAGUCAAAGACUUAUUUACUUUGUCUUCGUGAAGCACUGUGAACAAGGUGACAGGCGAUGUCGGGCUGUGGGGCAGCUGUUGUGUCCGGCAGCACCCGUACCACCAAAAACGUCCCAUUUUAAAGGGAAGAUUCACAACCUCAAAUCACGGUUGAUGGUGAAUGUCAUUGAUCAAGGUAAUGCGUUUCCCCCAGUGGGUGGCGUGCUAUUGACGGAGAAAGCAGAGUUCACAGCUCCGACAUCUCUCGUUCUUCCUGAACCCAGUGGCAUUGUUUGACGUGGGUGGAGUAGUUGGAAGCGAGAAAGAGCCGCUGGCUGCUCAAGCCUGGAUCUGUAGUCUCGGCCUCCGGGCCACGGCCAUGAGGUGUGCUCUAGACGCUGAUACGAAACACAACUCCCUAAAUCAGUUGUAAGCUCCAUUGUGGAAAUAAAGUUAACAGCAACAAAAAAAAAGAACACAGAACUUUCUUGUUCUCUUCGCUUGCAUUGCAACAGUGAAAAUGCAGCAGAGAGAGGUCGAGGCUGCGGCUGCAUUAGCUGUGCAAGAGAUUAUGGCAGGCAGGGAUCCUGCUCGCUUGCAAUGCAUUCUGGUAAAUUUAGGCACUGCCAGCACGGCUCGGCGAGCAUGGGAACUGUGCUUUCUCGAUAAAAACAUUAGCGAAAGGGUCAAUUAACCACAUGCACCAUCAACACUGAAUUGGAAAUCCAUAUAAAAAGGUGGUAAACCUUCUCUGCAAGCAUAACGAAUAUUUCACCUGGUCAUCACUAUUUGCUCUGGUCUACUUCUGAAAUCAAAUAUCAUGCAUGAUCUGUACAAUCCUUAGAAAAUACAGCAUAACGAAACAUUUCAGCCGUGUUACGGUCCUUAAAGAAACAACCGGAGUUCUAUAAUGUUAAACUCGGCCUUCUCACAUCACAUUGGCAGCAAAUGUGUAUAGCUGUUUUCUUUAUGUUACUAAUUCUAAGUCUUAAAAUAUAUAGUAGGUAAACUUGUCAAAGCAGGUACUUGGCAUUAGGGUAAUUGUAGAAAACUGGACUGUUAGUUUGGGUACUAUUUAUCCACGGCACAGCUCCAAAAUUAUUGAUAACCGAGUAUUCGUAGUGAUAUCAUAUCUUUUUUUUUUUCUGCAUGCCAAACUAUGUCUGUAUAGAUAUUUAGAACGUAUAUAACCCCCCAGUUUGUUCUGCAACAAGAACUUGGAGACCUGUAGGGACACCAGACGAGAGCAUGGCACCAAAUACAGGCAAACGCUGUAUGAGAACGUGGAUGAUUCAAAUAGCCAGCGAUCUCAGAUUAGGGCAGUCGUGUUCCAACAGGACAACAAAUGGAAAAUUACAGCAAAAAUUAUAACUGGAUGGGUUUCAGAUGUAAAAUGUGAAAGUCCUUGACUUGUUCUGCCAAAACUCAGAGAUGAAAACCAAGAAAGAAAUGUGAAGAAUGCCUUGAAGAUAACCGAUCAAAGUCACUUGAGUACAACUGUUGAAAAGCAAUGGAGUGAAAUACAAUUAUCAGUUUUUGUAUUUGAUUUAACAAACAUGAACCAAGGCACUUUGUACACACAUCUCGGUCUACUCGAUGCAGAGCGUACACUUCACUGAGGUGGCGUCUUUCAGUCAUUGAAUUAGAAGUGUAGCACAUUCACAGUCCGACGCAAACAAAACUUCAAAUUUGCUUCUGUGCUACAUCCUGCGGCGACGUUUCAUAACCCUGUAAAGUCAACACUUUUUUUUAACAAUUCCACAUUUUCCCCACAUGCUCGUAGAUGCAUGCGUCAUGUGAUUGUUUAAAUGUCGGCAUCGUGUUUCGCUUUACACAAAGCAAUGCAUGGACUUCCAUGUGUAACUCCAAGUACCUGUCUUUUUGUAUGCUGACCGAUGGCGUCAGCCUUGUUCAAUGCAUGGGACAUCUGUCAGGAGGCAUAAUGCAAUUUUGUUGUACAGUGCAAAGUGAUUAGUUGACUGUAACGGUCAUUUUUCUGUGUUUUGUAACUGAUUCAUUCAUAAACUUCAGUUGAGCGUUUAGAGUACUUUACUUGAUCUGCAGCAAUGAAUGUCUUUGUCUCGUCUUUUUAUACGGUCUUUGCAAUGUGAACAGGGAUGGGGGAGAACAUGGAAACCAGUAGCUGUAGACAUGUUUACCCCACCACAACAGCUGAUUAUAGUCCUGACACUUGAAUCAACGAGUGUGCUGUCAUUUGAGAAAGCAGCAGUUCAGUGGGAAGUUAAAACGACACAGAAAAGAUAAGAAGGUUAUGACUAAAGCAGUAAAAUGAUUCAAAGUAUUUUAUCAAGCACAUAAUGCACUAUAUUGUAAGACUGAUGUUGCAGCAACUCUUUAUCAUUUAAAUUAAUGCUGGUUCUAAAGAAUGUUGUGUUUUUUUUAAUGCUGUUUUAACUUUUAUUAUACAUUACACAUGGGGAAUUUGAAGGCACUUCCAGUGCCGGUGAGUCAUGCACUUCAAUGAGCCACCUCGUUGCUCUUAUUAUUUUUGAAUACUAAUAUGAUUUAAAAUCACAGUAAACUACAGUGUCUGUAUUAUGUGAAUUGAAAAAAGCUGGAAUGUGCCCAGUGUACUGGAUUUUAACCCGAUUCUUUGUACAUGCUACAGUAACUGUAUAUAUAUUGAUUUGUUUAAUGUCUGUUUUGGUGUCCCAACACUUGACUUUUAAAGUAAUCUCUUGUAUGAUUUUUAACUUGUGUGACUUGGAUAUGUGUGUUUUUCAAAUGUGUAAAGCUGCAUCAUCUUUUAAAGGCCAUUAAACAAAUUCAGACUCUUUGUUUUAAUUAUAUUUGUACAAGAUACUGUAAAG